AUGUCUCAGACAGGAGCAGACUCUGUCACUGUUAACAUUGAUAAUAUGCUUAAUAGCUUGUCUUCUGCACCUUCAAAGCCGUCAAUGUUUAGAGUUAGCGAUCAUUUGCGCAGCAUAAAUCCAGAGGCUUAUAAUCCAGAAAUAAUAGCUAUUGGCCCAUUUCACAGCGAUAAAAAGAACUUGCAGAACAUGGAGCAGCACAAAGUCUGGUAUCUAAAGUUGCUUCUGGAAAGAAGAAAAGAGUCGAGCGUAGAAAGAUACGUUGCCACUAUAAGACAGUUAGAAGAGAAGGCGCGGAAAUGUUAUGCAGAAGACAUCCAACUUGAUAAAGAUAAAUUCGUGCAAAUGUUGAUUCUUGAUGGUUGUUUUAUCAUCGAAUUUCUCCAGAAUCAGAUCCCAUUUUUCAUCAUUGAUCAAUUGUUUAACAUGAUCAAGAUCAAUGAUGAAGACAACGUCGAAUCUCUAAUAUCGCCUUUACUAGGAAAUAGCAUUUUACCGGCGCAAGAUCUUCCUGAAGUCCCUAUUACUGGUCACCAUCUUCUUGGCAUUGUACAUGACAUCCAGUGUUCUUCAUUUGCAAAAAAAAUCUCUCAUUUGCAAUCUGGAAAUACAGAUAACGUGGCGAAUAUAAAUUCAGCUCUAGAGCUUAAAGAGGCAGGGAUUUCCUUCAAAAAGUCGGAAGAUAAGAGUUCAUUUCAUAUUGAAUUCAAUAAAAAGGCAGUCCUCAAAAAUAUGUGA